AUGCUUAAAAUAAGCAUUGAUUUUAACGACUUAAAUCAAGAAGUAAGACUCAUUCAAAUGUCGCAAGUAAAAACACGACAAAAGACAUCCUGUCCUGUGUUUGGUUUACCAGAGAAGUUACCCGUAGCUCAAUUACCAACUUAUAAUGAUGUAAUGAAAAAUUAUUUAUUCAUUAAAUAUGAAUUAAAGCCUGACAAAAAAACAAAAGAGCCGACAAUUCAUGACAUAUCCGAAAGAUUGGCUCAGGAAGUUUUAGAAAUUUGGCGAAAAGCGUCGCUGCCAACAUCCUUAUCAAUCGCCAAAACACGUAACGAGACUACCAAAAACCCCACCACCACCAAAAAAAAGAAGUUAAAUUUAUCAUCAUUAGCCCUCGCUUGCGAUCGUACUGGAGUCUCCGACAGAGCCGCUGCUAUUAUAGCUUCUUCUGUGUUAAAAGAUGUUGGCAUUAUUUCAACGAAGGAUCCAAGCGGUGUCAUUGAUCGUUCUAAGUUGCGUCGUGAAAGAACUAAAGUCAGAUCAUCUUUACAAGACGCAGAUCGUAAUAAAAUCAUACGCGGUAUUUAUUUUGAUGGCAGAAAGGAUAAGAGUUUAGUAAGUAUUAAGAAGGAAGGCAAAUUUUACAGAAAAAGAGUAACAGAAGACCAUUAUGUGAUUUUAUCGGAGCCAGGAAGUGAUUAUUUCGGGCAUGUUACGUGUGAGUUGGGAACCGCUAAAGGUAUUCAAAGUACAAUUAUACGUCACCUGAAAAUGAAAUCGGUGGAUCUGAAUAAAAUAGCUGUUGUUGGUUGCGAUGGAACUGUCGUGAACACAGGUUCCAAAGGUGGUGUUGUUCGUUUGAUGGAAGAAGAACUUAAGAAACCAUUACAGUGGUUUAUCUGCCAAUUGCAUUCAAAUGAGUUACCACUGCGACAUCUGUUAUUACAUUUGGAUGGAAAAACCACAGGGCCUAAAUGCUUUUCAGGUCCUAUCGGCUCUGAAUUACAAAAAUGUGAAACAAUGCCAAUUGUCGAAUUUACCGUCAUUCCUUCAACAUUACCUGAAAUUCCUAGAAAUGAUUUGAGCACCGACCAAAAAUAUCUUUAUGAUGUGAUGAACGCUAUCAGCACUGGCGUCUUUACUUCCGAUUUGGCUAAUAUCGAACCUGGACCCCUUAGCCAUUCUAGAUGGCUUACAACAGCAAAUCGAAUUCUAAGAUUAUAUGCUACUAAAACAGACCCUCUAGAAAACUUAAUGAUAUUAGCCACAUACGUGAUGAAAGUUUAUGGUCCGAUGUGGUUCACUAUAAAGUGUAAUCCAUCAUGCAUAAAUGGAGCUAAGCACCUGUGGCAAACGAUUAGCCUGACUCGCUAUUUGAGCGCGGAUUUGAAGAUAGUCAUUGAUAAGGUACUCAUACGAAAUGGAUAUUUCGGGCACCCAGAAAAUAUUCUUAUUGCUAUGCUUGGAGAUGACAGAGAAAUCAUUCGAGAACUAGCAUGUCAACAAAUUUUGAAAGCUAGAGCAGAGAAUGAUCAAGGACUUCGAACGUUCAAAGUGCCUCCUUUAAAUUUCGAUGCUGAAGAUUAUACCGACCUCAUUAAGUGGCAAGACUGUAAAAUAACUGAGCCACCUCUGACUUACAAUUUAUCUGAUGAAUUCUUGAAAGAGAUUGUCAAAUGCGGUUUGAGAACAUGUCAGAGUAUAAAAGAUUUCCCAUGCCACACCCAAGCCGUAGAGCGCUGCAUAAAAUUGGUGACUGAAGCUUCAAGUGCAGUUUGUGGAGAAAAUAAACGAGACGGUUUCAUAAGGGCACGAUUAUUAUCACGUCAGCAAAUGCCAAAUUUUGAUACAAAAAACAAUUUAAUAUUUAAUUACUGUGUUUCUGAACGAUAUCCAAAUCUAUCAUAA